AUGGCGAGCUCGGCAAGGCCCGAAGUGUGCACAAAGAGGUUCCCGCUGAACAUCCGCUCCCAAUCCACCACCAAACCAACGAUCCCCGCGGUCGGCCUCGGGACCUGGCAAGGCCAAUUCGGCACGGACGCCACCACCUCCCUCAAGAACUCUAUCAUCCACGCCCUGCACUCCGGCUACCGCCUCAUAGACACCGCGCAGUCCUACGGCGUCGAGUCCGUCGUCGGCGCCGCCAUCCGCGAAUCCGGCGUCCCCCGUGACGAGAUCACUGUCAUCAGCAAGCUCUGGGGCACUUCGUUCCACGAUGUUCCUGGUGCGUUGGAGCGGAGUCUGAGGGAUCUAGAUGUGGGCUACAUAGAUUUGUAUCUGAUGCAUUGGCCGAACCCGAUGGGGAAGCAUGGGGAGGUGCAGGCUUAUCCUGGGAGUCCGCCGUUUUGGGAGGUUUGGAAGAGUUUGGAGCGGUGUGUGGACGGGGAGAAGUUGAGGGGGAUUGGCGUCAGUAAUUUCACGCAGAAGACUUUGGGUGUGUUGUUUGAGAAAGGGGUGGAGAUCGCGCCGGCGGUGAAUGAGGUUGAGUUGCAUGUGUUGAAUCCGAAUUUCGAGUUGGUCAAGUAUUGUGAGGAGAAGGGUAUCCAGGUGGUGAGCUGGAGCACGAUGGGUGGGGAGCGAUUGGGGACUGGGAAGAAUCCAAUACUAGAGGACGGGGAAUUGAGGGAAAUCGCGAAGAGAUAUGGGGUGAGUACAGGGGUGUUGAGCUUGAGUUGGGCGGUGCAGAGGGGGAUUGUGGUAAUUCCGAAGAGUAGUAAGCAUGAGAGGAUUGAGGAGAAUGUGAGGUUGGUUACGCUGGAGGAGGGGGAUAUGGCCAAGAUGAACAACGCCGGGGGGAGGAUUGGAAAGAUGAGGAUUGCGGAUGCGAUUGAGGGCAUUCAUUAUAAGGUUGAUGGGAGGAAUACGCUUAUGGGGUGGUCGAAGGUGGAUAUGGGGUGGGAGGAUAAGGAGGGGAACUGGUUGGUCUGA